CCCGAGCAGCUUCGCGCGCGCCUCGGGGACUCCCAGGCGGCGCGGAGCAUUGUGGGGGGUCGGCGACGGCGGCGGGGCUGGGCUGGGUCGCGUUGCGUUUGGAGGGUAGGGGCCAUGGCUUCCUGGGCCGCUCUUUCGCCCAGCAUCGUGGAGUAUUUCGAGGGCGAGGACUCCUACCGCUGCGGCUAUUGCAAGAAUGAGUCGGGCAGUCGCUCCAAUGGCAUGUGGGCACAUUCAAUGACAGUACAGGAUUAUCAGGAUCUUAUAGAUCGAGGAUGGCGAAGAAGCGGGAAAUAUGUGUAUAAGCCUGUCAUGAAUCAAACAUGUUGUCCUCAGUACACGAUAAGGUGCCGACCUUUACAGUUUCAGCCAUCAAAAUCUCACAAGAAGGUUUUGAAAAAAAUGUUGAAAUUUCUGGCUAAAGGGGAAAUUUCCAAAGGAAAUUGUGAGGAUGAGCCCAUGGAGCCCACCAUGGAGGAGACUGUUGCAGGUGACUUUGCGUUAAUAAAUAAAUUGGAUAUACAGUGUGACCUUAAAACACUCAGUGAUGACCUCAAAGAGAGCUUUGAGAGUGAAGAAAAGAAGAAAGGAAAAAGCCCAAAGAAAGAAGAAUCUAAGGAAUUAAUUCAGUCACAACAUAUAGAGGAGAAGUUGGGCUCUGGUGAGCCAUCCCAUCCAGUUAAAAUGCACAUGGCUCCUAAGCCAGGCAAAGGGGCAGAUUUGAGUAAGCCUCCAUGUCGGAAAGCAAAGGAAAUCCGGAAAGAAAGGAAAAGGUUAAAACUCAUGCAGCAGAACCCAGCUGGAGAACUUGAGGGUUUCCAGGCUCAAGGUGAACCACCAUCUUUGUUCCCACCAAAGGCUAAUAAAUCCAACCAGCCCAAAUCACUUGAAGAUUUAAUUUUUGAAUCUUUACCAGAGAAUGCAUCACACAAGUUAGAGGUGAGGGUGGUGAGAUCAUCUCCACCAAGUUCUCAGUUCAAAGCCACAUUUCAGGAGUCUUACCAGGUCUAUAAACGUUACCAGAUGGUUAUUCACAAGGAUCCACCUGAUAAACCAACUGUGAGCCAGUUCACAAGGUUCCUUUGCAGCUCACCUCUGGAGGCUGAGAAUCCCCCUCAUGGACCAGAUUGUGGUUAUGGCUCCUUUCACCAGCAGUAUUGGCUUGAUGGAAGAAUCAUUGCUGUGGGGGUGAUUGACAUCCUUCCAUAUUGUGUCUCGUCUGUAUAUUUGUACUACGAUCCUGAUUAUUCAUUCCUGUCUUUGGGUGUCUACUCUGCAUUACGAGAAAUUGGUUUUACUAGGCAACUUCAUCAGAAAACAUCUCAACUCAGCUAUUAUUAUAUGGGUUUCUACAUUCAUUCAUGUCCCAAGAUGAAAUAUAAGGGUCAAUACAGACCUUCUGAUUUGUUGUGUCCUGAGACGUAUGUUUGGGUGCCCAUUGAGCAGUGCCUGUCUUCGCUUGAUAACUCCAAGUACUGCCGUUUCAACCAGGAUCCAGAAGCAGUGGACGAAGGUCGCAGUAAGGAGCCUGACCGUUUGCAGGUGUUCCACAAGAAAGCCAUAAUGCCUUACGGCGUUUAUAAGAAACAGCAGAAGGACCCGAGCGAGGAGGCCGCCGUGCUGCAGUAUGCGGGGCUGGUGGGGCAGGCGUGCUCCGAGCGGAUGCUGCUGCUGCGGAACUGAGGUCAUCCGCGCCCCUCACCCCCUCACCCCCGCGCCCCAGGGAGGCU